AUGACAGUUUGUGAAGAAACACAUCAGGAACUGCCAGAACAACUAAAACAAACAGAACAUAUGUUACAAAAUAGUCACAUGGAAUAUGAUAACAACAGAACGCAAGGUACAAGUCAUGUGACUAAGGAAGCAGGUUCCCAACUGAGACCAAGACAAUG